UUUUGGUACCUCUUCUCUUUGCAUGCUUCAACGUAAGACCAGACGCCAACCUCCAACAUGAGUCACCCAUACAUCGGGCCACUGUCAGGCUACAACAGCCUCACAGACAAACACCUAACGGGAUACUUCAACAACACCCGCAUCAGGCGACAUCUUCAGAGGGCUGGUCUGGUCACAAGAAGCGGUAGGAUCUUCACUGAAAAAGAAUACAGAAUUAAUGCCAUGAGACGGGACCAUCAGAAGUACAUCCGGGAAUGUCUGGCCCAGGCCAUAUUUCACAAAGUUCUCGACAUGGAGAGACGACACCAAAUCGACAUCAAGAGAAAGCUGGAAACAUUCGCAAGAAAGGAGCGAGUGCAAAGAAUUAAGGUGGAUCAUUCCAGCAAAGUCAGAGAAGAAACAUUUCCUGCUUUUUCUCCUCACCCCCCUGUGGGACCUAAAAGUGGUAUGAACCGGCAUCUCCCAAUCCAAGACCAUUCGGACUCAUCUGAAUCAGUCUCAUCACCACGACCGAACACUGCUCCUGGUAACAUGCAGCGGCCGGUUCGGUUGCAGCCGCUACCAGCGCACACCUCAUCUGGAAACGAACCCAAGAUGUCUGCAGGAUCCCGCCAGAAGCAAGGUUCUGACGAUGACGAUCAUCGAUAUCACAGCGGGACCGAAAAGGAUACUUUGAAGACAAUGAAUACGACGGAUCAUUCAUUAGGCAUCUCACCCUAUCGCCUCCCCAUCAUUAACAACUUUGUGAUGCCCGUGCCACCGCCACCCCAGAAACAGCCUAAGCAGAGAAUGAGCACCAUGUCCAGAGGGAGGCGUUACCGUCCCACCACCGCGCCAAAUGACCUUGAGGUCACGGCUAAGGAUACGGGAAAGUUUCAUAAAACGUCCCUGCACAGUAAUGUAAAAAUUACCAUGGUUUAUGUUGGAAAAAACGUGCAUCUAUCACAUGACGAUACCGACUACAGAGAUGAGGUUAAGGUCUUUCAGCAGCACUGCGGCGGGGAGAACCUCUGUGUUUACAAAGGGAGACUUCUGGAAGAAGAGUGUUUCAGUCUGGUCUCCAGGCGUCACCGCGGCUUCCCAUUUAGCCUCACCUUCUACAUUAAUGGGAUCCAGGUGGACCGUUUAAGCUCAUGCUGUGAGUACAAACACCGCAAAGGAGCGCGCCUCGGAGGCAAAAACGGGUAUUUUGGAUUCAUUGACAUCGAAGGAGCUUCUCCUUGUUACAGAUGUAUCAUUGCAAUGGGCUUGGACAAGAAGCCAUCUCCCCCACCUCCGAAGAUCAAGCGUCAACUUGACAAAAAUGGGCAGGAAGAUGAGGAACUGGAGGAAGCACAGAAUGACAAAUCAGAAAUUGAUGAUGAGGGUACGGAAAGAUACCCUGAUGAACCUGAUAGUACAGUAGGCCAUGAAGAUGAUCCAAAAGAAGAUAAAUCUAAUAUGGACUAUGAAGAGGAUGGAGAGGAGGUAGAAGGAGACAAUAAGGACACCAAGACGGAUGAAUACGAAGCAGAUGACGAAGCCAAGGAUGACUACGAUGAAGAUUUUGAAGAGGAGGAAUACAAACCUGAUGAUAAGCGUAAUAAAGAUCGACAGGCUGAUGAUCAAGUGGAUGAAGAGUCAAAGUCGUCCUCAGAUGAUGAAAAAGAUGAUUUAGACCAAGAGCCGGGAAGGAGCACACCAUCAAAAGAGGAGCCUGAGGCCUCUGACAGCGACAGAGAUGAAAGCGAGAGGCGCCGUGACAGCGACUCUGAAGAGCAUAAACAAGAUAGGAAACACACAGAUUCCUAUUCAUCCAACAGUUCACUAGAUAGUAGCUAUGAUGAAAGAGUUGUUGAUGAGGCUGGGGAUGCUAAGAAGAAGAAGAAAAAGAAAAGGCACAGAGAAUCAGAAGAACAUCCUGAUCCAGACGAACAAGCAACCCUGGAAAAGGAACCAGAGUUGGAGGAGUUGGUAAUUGAGAAACUAGCAACGGCCAUUGAUGAAGGUGACUCAGAAGUUGAUGAAAACAUGGAAAAUGACGCAGAUCAACCAGAGUUGGGAAAAGCAGAAGACAAAACUGAAACAAGCUUCAGGAGUCAUGCAGAGAAUGAGCAUGAAGGAGGUAGAACUUCAGAUCUUAUGGAUGAAGACAAGCCCAAGUUAGAAGAUGACCUAGAUAGUGAAAAUGAAGAGGAAGGUGGUGAGUAUAGGCUGUGA